AGUAGUAGUUUAAACAUGAAAAAGAAAUACGAGGUGGUUCUCUUGCAUCCAUAUCCAUGAAGAUGUAUCUAUCCGACCAACCAUUACUCUAGAAAUUCCACAUAUCAUCUUCCCCAUAGGCCACAACCCAGAUUACAACACACUUCAUGGCUUCUUCCCGCGUUAUCUUCAACCUUACUCUCCCUUUUCCCUCCGAUGCGCCACCAAUUCCUUCCACAUGUCACUCUCUUUCUCUCUCACACUCCUUUCUCUUCACUACCCCAAAGAUCUUUUGCUCCAGUGCUCCGCGGCGCACGUGUGGUGUGGUGUACUCUCAUAUGACCAUGGAGGAGAAGCUCCCUGCCGAGAACCGAAUGCUCGUGUAUGUGCCUCCUCAUCCGUUGAUCAAGCACUGGGUUUCAGUUUUGAGGAAUGAGCAAACCCCUUGUCCUAUCUUCAGAAAUGCGCUGGCCGAGUUGGGAAGGCUACUUAUGUAUGAAGCUGCAAGGGAUUGGUUGCCCACUGUUUCUGGAGAGAUUCAAUCACCAUUGGCUGUAGCCUCUGUGGAAUUCAUUGAUCCAAGGGAGCCUCUGGCUAUAAUUCCAAUCUUGAGGGCAGGCCUUGCUCUUGCUGAACAUGCUUCAUCAGUCUUGCCUGCAACAAAAACAUACCAUCUAGGAAUAAGCAGAAACGAGGAAACCCUUCAGCCGACUAUAUAUUUGAACAAGUUACCUGAGAAAUUUGCCGAUGGAUGUAAAAUUUUUGUGGUUGAUCCUAUGCUGGCAACAGGUGGUACUAUGGUGGCUGCUCUGAACCUCUUAAAGGAUCGAGGAGUUGACAACAAGCAUAUUAAAGUGAUAUCUGCUGUUGCGGCUCCUCCGGCUCUUCAAAAGCUAAGUGAGCAGUUUCCUGGGCUUCAUGUCUAUACUGGAAUAAUUGAUCCUGAAGUUAAUGAAAAAGGGUUCAUAAUUCCAGGCCUUGGAGAUGCAGGGGACCGGAGCUAUGGUACAGAUCCAUGAAAUAUUCAUCUUCAUACUUCUUGGGUGCCAUAUUUUUCAAUUUUUGAGGCCUAAAAUUGGUCACUAGUUUUUCGGAUGGAUAGUAGGUUACAAUUUAAUGGCACUCUUUUGGUUACAUAGAUGUGUCAUUAUACUUCAAAGUUGAAUAAUUUUUUCCUCUCA